AUGGUGUUCAGGUCACCACUCGACUUUUUCUCUGCCUCCCGUAUCCUCCUGCCCCACUUCACGGAUGGGCCACCUAUGCUGCCCCGGUCCAGGUCCCCGGAGGACCCUCCCGCCGCUUGUCCUCCUCUGGCUCUCCCGGGAUUGUGUUUCUCUGCGGCUCAGAUCGCCAGCGUGUGCGAGACCCUGGAGGAGACCGGAGACAUCGAGCGGCUGGCCCGUUUCUUGUGGUCUCUCCCGGUGACCACAGACGGUCGCGACUCCAUAUCUGAGCACGAGUCCGUACAGAGGGCUCGCGCAGUGGUGGCCUACCACACGGGGAGUUUCCGCGAGCUCUAUCACAUUUUGGAGACGCACCGCUUCACACGCGCUUCGCACGGCAAACUGCAGGCGAUGUGGCUGGAGGCGCAUUACCGGGAGGCGGAAAAACUCCGGGGGCGGCCGCUCGGGCCGGUCGACAAGUACCGCGUGAGGAAGAAGUUCCCGUUACCGAGGACCAUUUGGGACGGAGAGCAGAAGACGCACUGCUUCAAGGAGCGCACGCGGGGGCUGCUAAGAGAGUGGUACCUGCAGGACCCGUACCCGAACCCGGGGAAGAAGCGCGAGCUGGCGCACGCGACAGGGCUUACACCGACCCAAGUUGGGAACUGGUUCAAAAACCGGAGACAGAGAGACCGGGCGGCAGCAGCCAAGAACAGGUCAGUGGAAUCAAGUUUUCCAUAGAGUUUGGUACAAAUGACAGCAACCAGGCGGUGUUUUUUUAGAAUCAUAGUUUUAAUACCAAGGCAGAUGUUUCGUUCUUUAUUUCUCCUUCUUAUUCAUUACAAAUUGUAUCGGUCUCUUAAUCGAUCAUUUUCUUUUGAGGCAAUUUCAUCUCCACAUGCAGCCAUGGCUGUGCGUAAAAGGGCCAUUCAUGCGUAAAAGCGCACAACCUCUAAGCCUGUUGGUUUUUGUUCUCCUUGUGGCCUCUCUGUCUUCUCCUCUUUCUCUCUCUCAUUUUAAUUUAGUUCGGGGUCAACAGUCCUGCUUGAUAGGGCAAACCUGCUCACUACAGAUUCAUAUGUUAGGGAUGUCAAAUACUUUGAUCUCCUUUUGGCAGUAUUUUGUUGUCACACACACAAAAAAACAAUAUAGGCUUUCAUGUUUUUCUCUUUAACUGUAUUUUAACUUCCAUAGUUUUACUCAAAUGAAUUAUUUUCAACUUCUAACAGCUCUUUUCCUUUCUUCUCAGGUUGCAGCACCAUCGGAUUUGUUCAAGCAGAGGAGAGUGCAGUCCGGAUGAUAGCGGGGAGCGAGUGGAUGGAGAAACUCUUCUUUCAGUGACAGACAGUGACUCUGACUUGGAUGUCUGA